AUAUUAAUUCCACCUCUAGCUGAAAAUUGUUUUAUGUUUAAUUAAGGUCUGAUAGUUCGGGUAUUAUCUGGUGUUAUGAGCUUUAAGUAAAAUCAUAGCCGUUGGUGUCACCCAAGGACUUCGGCCCGUCUACAUCUAUUGUAAAAUUUGGUCACCGAGUGCAAGAAAAACCUACAACUUUGGAACUAUAACUGUGGAAGCCUUUAUACCUUGUCAGUGGGUUCAACGUAGAUAAUAUAUAGUUUUGGAUCGGCCGAAACUUUGCCAUAAUGACAACAAAGCACAUUUACUCCACGACCAAUUUAUCGGAUUUGCAGUUAAAGGAGCAGGGAAACUGCCUUUUCGCGGCUCGCAAAUAUGACGACGCAAUUAAUUGCUACUCAAAGGCCAUCAUAAAAAAUCCAGUUAAUGCCACAUACUUUACGAAUCGAGCUCUCUGUAAUUUGAAACUGAAACGAUGGGAGCUAUGUUGCCAGGAUUGUCGGCGAGCUCUGGAUAUUGACGCGAACUUGCUAAAAGGCCACUUCUUCUUGGGCCAGGGACUGAUGGAAAUUGACUGUUUUGACGAGGCCAUAAAGCACCUGCAACGCGCCUAUGAUCUGUCUAAGGAGCAGAAACAAAACUUUGGCGAUGACAUUACAUUGCAAUUGCGACUAGCUCGUAAAAAGCGAUGGAACGUCUUAGAAGAGAAGCGAAUACAUCAAGAGAUUGAAUUGCAAAGCUAUCUGAAUCGGUUAAUAAAGGGCGACAUGGAAAAUCGUUUGGCUCAAUUAAAGUUGAAUGAUAAUUUACACGAAGAUCAGCUUAAAGAUAAGCAGCAAGAAAUUGAACAGGAGUGUGAUGACCAUGUAAAAGAACUAAACAAUAUAUUUUCAAAAGUAGAUGAACGUCGAAGGAAACGUGACGUACCAGAUUUUCUUUGUGGCAAAAUAAGUUUCGAAAUAUUAACUGACCCUGUGAUAACUCCUUCUGGAAUCACCUAUGAGCGUAAAGAUAUCGAGGAGCAUUUGCAGCGAGUUGGCCACUUUGAUCCCGUCACACGGGUAAAGCUAACACAGGAUCAAUUAAUACCAAAUUUUUCAAUGAAGGAAGUUGUUGAUUCUUUUAUUGCUGAGAAUGAAUGGUCUUUAGAUUACUAAGUAAUGAUUGACAAAACUAAACAUGUAAUUGAUUAGCUGUUAGAACCCAGUUCCCAUUGUCUAAAAAAAACAAAAUAGUGAUAAUAAAAAUGGAUCUGCAAGUGUU